GUUAAUAGUUAUAGUUGUCACGCAGCCCGAGAGAGAGUUUUUCUGCAAUUCGGAGAUACAAUUUCAAUUUCAAUUUCAAUUUCUUUUCAACUGAAUCUCUAAUUAUAGUCUUCCUUCCACAAGUUGUAGCUUAUAACUUACUCUAAAUCCUUUCCUUUUUACUACAUUUUCUUUUCUUUUUUUACUAAAAAAGGUUUCAAGAAAAAAUAAUAAUAUUAAAACAUAGAAUCCAUGGAAGUUCCCGUAAAGCGAGAGUUAGUUGAAUAUUCAGGUGCGCAAGAUGCUAAUCAUCAAAACGCCAGCGUUUCGGGAGGACCUGCACUGUAUAUCGAACUUAGUAGCAGCAGUAGUAGUAGCAGUGAUAGCAGUAGUGAUUCGGAUUCUGAAGCGGAUGACGGAGUUAGGGUUUCGUCUAACGGCGACGGAGUUCCCAAGAAAAAAAGAAAACUCGACAAUUUAGGAGCUGUGUUCCCUGUGGGGUUUCUAGCGCCACUGAAUCAGGUUCCUCCGGUUAUAUCGACGGUACCGCCUCCAGAAACGGCGGUUGUGACGGCUUCGCAGUCGAAUGGGAACGGUAAUGUGAGUUUGGUUGGGCAAAAUUGUAAGCAGUUUUGGAAGGCUGGAGAUUAUGAAGGUGCUCCGUGCGGUGAUUGGGAUUCAUAUACUGGUCAAAUGGAUCAUGUCAGGGUUCAUCCUAAGUUUCUACAUUCCAAUGCAACCAGUCAUAAAUGGGCUCUUGGAGCAUUUGCAGAACUUCUGGACAAUGCAUUGGAUGAGGUUUGCAGCGGAGCAACUUAUGCUAAUAUUGAUGUGCUUAAAAACGGGAAAGAUGGUAGCCGGAUGGUUUUGAUUGAAGAUAAUGGUGGUGGUAUGGAUCCGGAUAAAAUGCGACAAUGUGUGUCCCUUGGGUACUCUGCAAAAAGCAAAGUGGCUAACACCAUCGGGCAGUAUGGCAAUGGAUUUAAGACUAGCACCAUGAGGAUCGGAGCUGAUGUUAUUGUAUUCUCAUGCUGUUCUGGGAAAAAUGGAAGAAGUCCUACUCAGAGCAUCGGAUUGCUGUCAUAUACUUUUCUGAGGAGUACGGGAAAAGAAGAUAUAGUGGUACCCAUGCUGGACUUUGAAAGAAAAGGGAGAGAGUGGAACAAAAUGGCACGAUUCGCCGCUGCUGAUUGGAAUAGAAAUGUAGAAACAAUAAUUCAGUGGUCACCAUUUUCCAGCGAGGCAGACCUCCUUCGUCAGUUUAAUUCUAUGUCGGAUCAUGGGACACGGAUAAUAAUAUACAAUCUUUGGGAGGAUGAUGAAGGAUUGUCGGAGCUUGAGUUUGACACUGAUCCUCAUGAUAUCCAACUCAGAGGUGUGAACCGAGAUGAGAAGAAUAUACAGAUGGCCGCACAGUUUCCAAACUCUAGACACUUCUUGACCUAUAGGCAUUCAAUGAGGAGUUAUGCAUCCAUUCUCUACUUAAGACUUCCUCCUUGCUUUCGAAUCAUCCUUCGCGGAAAAGAUGUCGAUCACCAUAAUAUAGUGAAUGAUAUGAUGCUGUCUCAGGAGAUUACUUAUAAGCCACAAAAUGCUGAUGGAAUUGGAAAAGAUUUAAAUUAUAUGGCAGCUGUUGUGACUAUUGGCUUUGUGAAGGAUGCAAAACAUCAUAUUGAUGUUCAAGGCUUCAAUGUUUAUCACAAAAAUCGACUCAUUAAGCCAUUUUGGAGGCUUUGGAAUGCUUCUGGAAGUGAUGGCCGUGGUGUUAUAGGUGUCUUAGAAGCUAAUUUUGUGGAACCAGCACAUGAUAAGCAGGGAUUCGAGCGUACAACAGUUCUUGCAAGACUUGAGGCUCGCCUUAUACAAAUGCAAAAGACUUACUGGUCUACUUACUGUCACAAAAUUGGGUAUGCUCCCCGCCGAAAUAAGAAAUUGAUAGAUGAAGAUGCAGAUGGAGAUUCCUCUCCUGAAAAUUCACAAGUAUCUUCUCAACCUAAACGACCCACUUCUUUGAAAGGCAAGGGCUCUUCUUCUUAUUCGGAUAAAUUAUCGUCUCAUGCUAAUGUGAAAGGAGGAAAGGGAUCAGGUGCAUUCGGAAGAAAUGUUGGUUACAAAAAUGGACAUCUCCCCAGUAAAGGAGGUGACACUGCAAAGACACCAACCAACUCUAGAAAAAAAACACCCCCAGAAGCACCAUCACCAACUUCUGUAGAAGAUGUUAGUGACGAUGAUGUGCAAAUUUCUAUUCCUACUAGACAAGAUGGAUUGCGAGCGACUAGGUUAUCUACAUCUUUAGAAGACUCAUUUAAGAAAGCAGUCACCAAAUCCCAGUCAAAGAUAGCUGAUGAUUUUUAUCAACACACUAUUGUUCAGCUGAAGCAAGAAAAUCGUGAACUGAAGGAAAGGUUAGAGAAAAAAGAAGCUGAGCCUCGAGGUGAAAUGAUGCAUGGGUCCGUGUGUGAUAAGUGUAAAUCACAUCAGAGACAUUUAGAGGAGGCUUAUCAAAAAAUUGAGGAACUGAACAAGGAACAAGAAAGUUUGAUUGAUAUAUUCUCAGAGGAGAGGGACAGACGAGACAAGGAAGAAGAGAAUUUGAGAAAAAAGUUCAAGGAUGCUUCUAAUACAAUUCAACAGCUGCUCGACAAGGUGAGGCUUUUGGAAAAGAUGAAAUCUACAAAUCAAAGAACAUAAGCUAAAGAGUACAAGUAAUUGACACAACAUGUGCUUUAUUAGUUAUGUACAGCUGCUUCCUUUUUGGUAUCAUUUUUUCACCAUUGUUCGUGGUACCGUGACCGGGCUCUGGCCAUCUUGUUUGUUUCUCCCCUGUAAAGUUCGGGCCGAGCCUGGUUGUUGUAGCAAAUGUUAAUAUUUAAUUUGGGCGUAAUUUUUUUGAUUUGAACAGUUAGAUGUGUAGAUUUGUUCUAGUGGGGGGAGAAUGCUGAUUUUGACUGGGGACUAGUAGUAAAAUCUGGAGAUUUACUGUUCUCAAUGGUGGUCAUACCAGAUUAUGUAAAUCUUGAAUAGUAGAGACGAUGAUAAUGCUAUCUCUUUUUGGAUA